AUGGGGGCCAGGAUGAUUGCCAAAGUGAAAUUUGACACUUGCAAGCAAGGAGGUGUAUUGAAGCUUGGGUUUUCCUCUAUAUCAACUUUAGCCCAGUCUCCUUCACACUCUCCAUCAAAGUCGCCAACACAAGCACCUGCUCCUAAAGCUUCAGUGCCGUCGCCUACAGUUAGAAAGACUCCAGUGCUUGCUCUGUCUCCGACAAUGGUGAACUCUCCACCAUCUCCUCCUUCAGCUUCUUCUGAGGCUUCGGUGAGUUCUCCAUCUUUAAUUAGUACUCCACCUUCUGAAGCUCUUGGACUAGCUCAGAGUGGCGCCGUUUUGAACAGAGUUGGGUUCACUGCUGGAUUUGUGGCUGUAGCAGUAUUCGUUGCAGUUUUGGUGUUUUAG